AGAAGCAAGAAGCCGCGUGAAGGCGUGUGCACAGCACUGCACUGGCGUUCUCCAUGGGCGCCGCCAAGCAAGAGGUUGAGGACGUGUACGCAGUCACUGCGCGAGCACGCUUCUUCUACGAUUCCAAGGACAAGCAGAGAGAACGUGCCAUGGCGAUGGGAGCAGAGGAAGACGGCCCUAGGCUGGAGGUGGGGGAGCUCAUCCCGGGUCUGCCGGACGACGUGGCCAUCGAGUGCCUGGCGCGGGUGCCGAGCCGGUCGCACCGGUGCAUGCGCCGCGUGUGCCGCGGGUGGCGCGGCGCCGUCGGGUCCGCGGAGUUCCGGCGGCGCCGGGGUGCCGCUGGGGCGGCGGAGGACGUCGUGUUCCUCGUCCAGGCCGCGCCCGCGGCCGGCGACGGGAAGGGAUCGACGCCGGAGUGCGCGCUGACGGCGGCGAACCUCACCACCGGCGAGUGGCGGCGCGUGGAAGGGCCGGGCGAGGCGUGGGGACCCGUGCCGCUGUUCGCGCAGUGCGCGGCCGCCAACGACGGGCGCCACGUCGCCGUCGUGGGGGGCUGGGACCCGGACACGCUCCGCCCGACCAGCGACGUCCGCGUGCUCGACGUCCCCGCAGGCACGUGGCGGCGCGGCCGGCAGAUGCCGGACAACCGGAGCUUCUUCGGGUGCGCCGGCGGCGACGGUAACAUCUACGUCGCCGGCGGCCACGACGAGUCCAAGAACGCGCUCCGCUCCGCCCUCGCGUACAGCGUCGCGGCCGACGCCUGGCGCGCGCUCCCGGACAUGUCCGAGGAGCGCGACGAGCCGCAGCUCGUCGCGGCCCCCGGCGGCGUCCUCGCGGCCAGCGGCUACCCGACCGAGGCCCAGGGCGCGUUUAAGAAGACCGCCGAGCGCUACGCCGCCACGGGCGGCGCCUGGGCCGACGAGGACGAGGUGGUCCCCGACACGGGCGAGACGUGCCUGGCCUCGGUGCGAGGGAAGGUGUGGGCCGUCGGGGCCGGGAAGGGCGGCGUGCGCGAGUGGGACGGCGCCGCGCGCGCGUGGAGGGAGGUGGCCGACGGGCCGCCGGGCAUGAAGGCGUGCGUGAAGGCGGCCGGCAUCGGCAACGGCGACGGCGCCGCGUUGUUCGUGUUCGGCACGGUGGCCGACGCGGCGGAGGGCAGCAAGUACUCCGCGUGGGUGAUGGGAGCCGGCGGCGCUCCGUGGAAGCGGGUGCCCGUGCCGUCGGGGUUCGGCGGGUUCGUUUACUCAGCCGCGGCCGUGCGGGUUUAAAUUUUCGCUUAUCACUGUAGGCGUUUUCGCUCCGGAGCAUCUUAAGAGUAUCCAAUAUAUUCAGUACCAAUAUUUUCAAAUUGAAAUAUUUCUAAAAGGUUUUAGGCAUAGAAAAUACAACUCUCCAUUGGUGGCCCUAUAUUUAGUUGCAAACUUUUGAAAUAUGCCACCUCAUCGCAAGUGGAUCAUUUUGAACUCAAAUUCGCCUAGUACAAGCCGAUGCCAUUGCCACCAUGAGACAAGAUGAUUCCUACUCAGAUGGUAAGUAAUAUAGCACCUAUCCAUCACCCGCAAU